CUCUCCCUCCUUUUUCUUGCACCAAACUAUCAAAAAAACUACUCAACCGUUUGUAAAUCAUCCAUCAAUCAGGACAACACACCCCAAUUCCCCCUCUUCUUCCUCUGUUGUCGUCAUCUCUACGAUAUUUCUCCAACAUUCUCUCCCUUCAUCUGAAGCUUCCAUCUGUGUUUUUAUCCUCCUUGAUUGAUUCCAUCCCAUUUUAUUGCUGUCCGCCGUGUCUGAUGAAUUUUGAGCCACAAACAUAUUUUGAUAAUCCCAGUUGGCAAAAAUUCUUUCUUCCUAUUUUUCUGGAUUCAAAAGUUCCUGUAGAAUCUGAGUAAUCAAGAGUUAAUUGAACGGUUCAGGCAUUAAAGACUUCCAACAAAUUAGCCCCGUUUUCACCUCCUCCCUCAUUUAUCUCCCUUAAAGUCAUUGUCCUUUCUGCUGAUUAUUGGUCCAUUUUCUAAAUUUAGUCAAUAAAGAUUAGGAUCAGAAACAAGGUGCAAUAUAGAAAAGACCAAGAUUGCCGGUACAGACAGAUUGAGAGAGAAAAAAGGAGAGAUGUUUGUCAUUGACAGACAAUUUUAGACGGCCUUUUUGCUGCAUUUUCUUGAUAAUAAUGGAUUCUUGUUCUUAUUAUGAAUAUUAUUCUUCAUUCUUCUUUGAUCUCUCCACCCAUUUGAAUAAGAUGUGGUGCUUUCUUUCCCUCGUGCUUUGCACCAAGAAACGAUGAAUAAGAAUUAUUGGAGAGCUCAGGUUUUUUGAGUAAUUUUUCCAGUGCAGGAUCAUCAGAGUUCGUCAAAAAUGGCUUCUUCUCAGGUUGAGAUUGCGUCAUCUUCUCCGUUUGGUUAUGUUUUGAAGGAUCGUAAUCGGCACGAUCAUCGAUACAGGACAAGGGAGUCCAAUGCGUUUCAGAAGAAUUUCAAGGACUUGGUUCAGACUCACCUGAAUUCUUGCGGUCCAGGUCAUUCAAGAAAUUCUGGUUCUGUUUCCAAUGGCAAAUUGAGUCACCAGAUUGAUUAUACAGAUUUAUGGGUUCAUAAUCCGCGGAGUCAUACCAAUGAGAAUAAUCAUCAUUCUUGUAAUUUUGAUGAUAGGAGAAUGUCUGGUCAUACAGAUUCCAAUGAGAAUUCUCCUCGUCAUCAUAUUGAUUUUACAGAUUUGUGGGUUCACAAUCCACAGAGAAACAACAAUGAGAAUGAUCCCAAGAAAAGUAGAGCUGGGGAAAAAUGGGAUAAGGCAAGAGAUAUGGUAUUUGCUUUUGAGAGAAAAAGCCAAGAAAACACAUCAUCAGGAGGGCCUGUUUUGAAUUCUCAGAGGGGAAGAAGUCCUGACAGCCCAUCAUCAGGGCGGCCUGUUUCGGCUUCUCAGAGGGGGACGAGCCGUGAAGUUGUACCCCAAGAGCCUGUUGCAUUAUUUCAGAGGGGAAAGAGCCAAGAGGAAAUCACAUCAGAGCCUGAUUUGAGAUCCCAAAGGGAGAAUUCCCCUGUAAAAUCUGAAAGUUCUGUGGAGGCGCAAAGUUUAGGCGGAGUGUCUUCCCUUGUGAGGAUGUGGAGAGACUUUGAGGCUGAGGCUCGGUGCUUCAGCGCAACCAAUUCACCUGUUUGUAGCUCUAGGAGCAAUUCCGUAAUGUUUUUCAAUGAUAAUUCUUCAUAUGCUGAUGCCCCUCUUCGAGGGCCUGAUGCUGGUGAGGAAUUCGCCGAUUUAAGGCCUGCAACCCCAUCUAAGAGUGAGGACUUGUUUCUAGACUGGGAAUCUGAUCAAACAGGCUUGAGUGGUCCACCUUCCUCUCGAGGUAGAGAUUCUGAUGCUACUGAGAGUGAGAGAAUCAGGGUAGCUGAUAUCAUCAAAAAACUGUCGUCUAAUGGUGAAGAUCACAACGAUACAAUUAGCCAACAUUCAUUGCCCCGUGUUCGAACAUCACUGGAAAAGGCAGAACAGAGAGUUUUCUCUCCAGUUUCCAGUUCUCCUCGGAUUAGAGGUCGUCAAGCAUUCACUGAUUUGUUAAUGCACUUGGAGCGUGAUAGGCACAGGGAGCUUGAAAGGCUUGUAGAUAAAAAAGCAGUUUCCAGAUUCUCACAUAGAGGCCGCAUUCAGGCUAUGAUACGCGUUAGAUUCUUGCGUCGUGGAGCUGAAGGAAAAGAUGGUCGCCAAUCUAAUUCUGCAUCAUUUGACUCAAAAAGACUUGCUCCAUCAGCCAUUGUGAAUAUAAGGUCAGAAGGCUCUUGA